AUGAGCUUCGAUCCUCUUCGCCCGCGCGGGCGACCAGCCCACACGCCCGGCACGACGGUACUGACCUACACACCUGACGGACGACGAAUCAUCACUGGCGGUUCGAACUCGGCGAUUCGCAUCUACACUGUUGGCGAAGAUGGGGAGCCCAAAACCAUUGACGAGGGCGUCGACGGGCACUUUGGUAUCUGCGCGACGAACCGGUCUUUCAUCAUGGGCGCCGAUGAUGGAACGGUGUGGUUGUACGAUCUCAUGUCGGGUAAAAUGCAACAAUUGCUUGUCCGCUGUGCUUUGCCAGUGAGAGAUAUUGCAGUGACCACGGAUGGAGAAUGGGUUGCUGUUUCCAGCGAUGAACUCACUGUCAAAAUGGUGAAAGUUGAUGAUAUGCACCAGGUUAAGUAUCUACGGGAACAAUCCAAGGGGACGAAGCACGUCACAUUCGACCCCAGCAGCCGAUAUGCGACAAUUUCUGGUACAGAUGGAAUCCUCUACAUCUAUUCCCUCGAGGAAGAGGAGCCACAGCUAGUUCAUAAACUGGAUGGAGCGAUUCGACGAUUGGAGGCUGAGGCAGAGGCGACAUCGAAAGCAGUCUGGCACCCCGAUGGGACUGCAUUCGCCACUGCAGAAGCGACCCGGGACAUCGCCAUAUACUCAACCUCGGGAUGGAAGAAGGAAAAGACAUUUGCCGGUGGUCAUACUGGGGACAUCACAGCCAUGGGCUGGGCCCCCAACGGCUCCCUCUUGGCAUCUGCAGGAGCUGACGGAUACAUUGUACUCUGGGAGGCCAAGACACAAAAGAUCUUGCAACGAUUUGACUUUGGAAAUGUCAUCAAUCUGGCCUGGCAUCCGAACAAGAACUCGCUUUCAUUUACGACUUCGGAUGGAGAGCUCUUCAUCUACGAUAACUUUGUGCCCAAGGACCACGAGGCGCUAUUGCAGAAACCUCUCCAAGCUGCUCCUAUUCUCCCUGAACCUCUUGGGGAGAUCUCCAACAAUGUCGGACGCACGACACUGGCGGACCGGUCCAAGGAGGCCAUCCAGCGAGCGGCGAGGAGAGGUAGUCCCGACUCACUGGAUGAUAUUCUCGGCGGGGACGAGGAUAUGAUGGACUUUGUCGAUGAUGAUGAUGGAGCUGGCUAUGCUGAUGAGCAGAUCAAUGCAUUCGGCAAGCGGCCGAAUGGUCAUCUCGACGAUCUCGGUGCUGAUUACAAGCGCACCCACUCAAGUGGUCUAUCACUCAAAGCUCACCCCCCUAUCCAGCCUGGUAGCACCCCCUGGGCUGGAAGCAGAAGAUAUCUCUGCCUCAACCUCACUGGAGCUGUCUGGACGGUGGAUCAAGAAACACACCAUACAGUCACAGUCGAGUUCUAUGACCGGGAAGCUCAUCGAGACUUCCACUUUACUGACCCAUAUAUGUACGACAAGGCUUGCCUGAAUGAUAAUGGCACAUUGUUCGCCAACAACCCUUCGGAUGACAGUCCAGCCACCAUUUUCUACCGGCCCCAUGAGACGUGGACCGCGCGAGCAGAUUGGCGGACUCAAUUACCAGAGGGAGAGCAGGUUCGAGCACUGGCACUCAGCGAUUCUUACAUUGUCGCUGUAACAUCCAAGGACUACGUCCGGGUCUACACUCUCUUUGGAACUCCCUUCAAGGUGUAUCGACAAAAGAGUCAAGCUGUGACCUGCGCAGCGUGGCGCAAUUACAUUAUGAGUAUCGGAAAUGGACCUGUCGGCCCUGAUGGACGCCACACCACAUUACGAUACACGGUGGAGAACGUCAAGCGGGAUGAAAUCUGCCAAAACGAAGACACUGUUGCCCUUCCGGAAGGGGCUACACUACAGAGUGUUUUCUUCUCUGAUAAUGGGGAUCCUUGCAUCUACGAUUCCACCGGUGUUCUCCUUGUACUGCAAGGUUGGCGCACUCCUGGACAAGCCCGAUGGGUGCCCCUACUCGACACUAAGCAGAUGGCUCGUCUCGCGGGUGGACGAAAGGAGGAAACAUACUGGCCCGUCGCCGUGGCCCAAGACAAGUUCCACUGUAUCAUUCUUAAGGGUGGCGAUAAGAACCCCUACUUCCCCCGACCACUCCUGAGUGAAUUCGACUUCCAGAUCCCACUCUCCAAUACGGCAGUGGACAAGGACAGCGAAGAGACCGCCGCCGAAGGAGCUCGAUUUGAAGAAUCCUUCGUUCGGGGUAAUGUUCUUUUGACUCUGUUCCGUGAUCUUCUUGCCUCUACAAAUGCCACUUCCAGUCAACGAUCUGACUUGGCGCGACGAGAGCUCAACCUGGAUAAGAAUCUGCUACAGAUGCUGGCCAUUGAAUGCAGAGAAGGCGAGGAACGCGGUAUGAAGGCGCUUGAACUGGUCGCUUUGAUGUCUGAUCGCAAUGGCAAGAUGCUGGAGGCGGCUGCUAAGGUUGCGCAGCGGUAUGGCCGGGGUGUGUUGGAAGACAAGAUUCGCGAUCUGGCCGAGCGGCGAGUGAUGGGGAUGGGUGAUGAUGAUGAAUUGGCUUAG